AUGUCAUCGAAAAAGCUUUGGGGAGAAUUUGAAGACGAUGAUAACGAUGAAACUAUACAUCAAACUGUAAAUUUUAAUCCUAUCAUAGAACUGGGCAUGCAAAAUAUACCAGAAAUACCGAUUACUGUAAAAUCAUCGCCUAUAGAACUUCCAAAGCCCAAUUUGAUUACACAUACUAUUCAAUUACAUGCAUACUCAAGACAAUUGUCAGCUAUUUUAGAACAAACUGAAAAUGCGGUUUUCGAAGGAGCUCGAUUAGACCCGAUGAGUUUACCAACAGUUCCCCCACAACCACAAUUAAAAAUAGAACAUGAAUCUACGCCGCCAAUAAACUUCCUGCAAAAAGUUUAUUGCGAUUUUUCUCUUGGAAAAGGUCCAGUUAUUCUACCAUUUACAUCUGAAAGCCAUAAACGUGCACUUCGUCAAUGUGCUGCAAUAGCCUUAGGCCAUGUUGGCAUAGCUACUUGUACAAAUACAGCUCUAAAUGCAGUCGCGGAUGCUCUUGACAUUUAUUUGACUAAUAUGUGUAAACUAAUGAGGAACAUAGUUGACAGGGAAGCCAGUGGUAUAAAAUCAGGAUUCCCAGAUGUCAUUUCCAAGGUGUUGACUGAUCUCAAUGUUGGAAACCUUCAUGACUUUUAUGAAAACCGUGUUAUUAAAUACCAUGCAAAGAUCAACAAAAAAUGUGAGGAUUUAAGAAGCCAAUGUGAAGCUUUAGCUAUAGGCGAUAUUGCUCCACAACUGAAACUUGAAGAAGUUCCAGAAUUACAUUUCCCAGCAGCUCUGGAUGGUGCUUUUACCCCUUCUCUUGAACCUGGCUUCCAAAUGUUACAUAGCUUAGAGCAGGAACAGUUACAGGGACUGGAUCUCCUGGAUUCAGUGUCUGAUGAUAUAAAAGUAGAACAGAUGGAGUUUUCACAACCUGAUAGUACAAAAUUGUGCUCUCUUUCACCUAGUGCUAGAAAAAAAAGAAAGCAAUAA